AUGAAAUUUAUGAACAACGCGACGGACAUGGCCGUCGGCAGCAGCGCAUUGCUUGCGACGACCGCAGCAGGCAACGAUGUCACGCCGGCAUCAUGUUUGCCAGCCGAGCGUCCGCCAUCCAUCGCUGAAUCCCGGCUGAGCAUCGGCCAUACAUCGACCAUCGCCCUACGGCCAGGCAUGGCACUGCCGACACUCUUCUGCUUCCCGCCCACCUCUGUCGGCGUCACUUCGCGUACGGUGCUGCUCAUCGUGCCUGGUGGUGGCUUCAAGAGCUAUUCACGGCACGAAGGCUGCGUGACAGCACAGCAUUUUGCGGCGUGUGGCCAUCGCUGCUACGUGCUUGCGUACCGGUUCAAGGCGGCUGGCGGGACGGUAGCUGACUGCCACUCGGACAUGCGGUGUGCAAUCGCGCACCUGCGCCGGCACGAGCCGGACAGCCACUUGCACGCACUCGGCUUCUCGGCCGGCGGCUGUCUUGUCGCUGGUACGUGCGGCCGUCACGCUCACGACGGCGACGCAGUGCCGGAGCCGCCGGACUCGUGUGGCUACAUCUAUGGUCACGUGCCAACGGGCUUGCGGCUAUGUUCGGCGCCGCCGCCCUUCUUCCUCUACGCCACCGCAACCGACGUCAUCUGCGAGGUUGCGAGCUGCCAUGACGCGAUGCUACGCUUGCUCGCCGCGUCCGACGGCACGCGCUCGCACGACCGUUCAGUCGUGUGGCCAAGCGUGGCCAACUGUGACGAAACCCUCGCUGCGAAGCUCUCCGGCUGGUGCGCGCGGCACGGGCAUGGGCAGGGCAUUGGACUGCACAAGCAGGGCGAUCUGCAAGUCUUUGAGUGGGCGAAGGAGCUACACACAUGGCUCGUGGGCGUGGCACACCUCUCGAGCGACCGCACGAACGCCGCGCCCGACACCACGCCCGAUACCGCCGCUCAUGCCGUGCCCGCCGCUGCGCCCGCUGCUGCGUCUGCCGGCGCGCCCAUCAGCGCCCCCGCGACGAGCCUCGCAAGCGCAGCCAACCUCGGCGAGUUCGUGUCGCGCUGCGGGACGUUGCCGGCGGGCGAGUGUUCGGAAGAGGUCAUGAGUGCAUGCGGCCAUGUCUCUGCGCGGCGCACGCAUGAGCAGCGCAUUCAUUUGGACCUCGUGAGCGAAUUCACGCGCCUCAACGUGGUGUUGACGCCGGACGAGCCCGCUGACAAGGCGACGGAUGCGGCGGCCGCUCAGCCCACCGCCCAAGCUGCGUGCGCCGCACGCCGCAUGAGCGGCACGCGCCUUGGGAGUGUCAUCCCAGGCAGUCUUGUGCGAGUGAGCGGCAUCGCCCAGCGCUCGACACGCGGCGGGCUGGUGCUGACAGCUCGCGACAGCGGUGUCGAGCUGCUCGCCGCCGCGUCGUCACACGUGCCACCGCCCGUCGCGGCGCCGCUGCCACCGCGCUUUCACCUGACACCAAACACGGUCGGCUGGCACCGCGCACUGCAGCGCAUGGGCAUCGGUGCGUACAAUUCGCUGACGUGGCGCGGUGGCGAGCCGCUGCCUGCACCGCCGACGCGCGGCUGCUGGUUGCUGCCUGCAAGCGACCUCGCCGCGCUCGCGAUCGCACGCCAACGCGAGCAGCUUGCUGCGCUCGGCUGGCGGCUGCUCACGUGCGCCCCGCGGCUCGUCAGCGCGUUGAGCAACAAGCUGCGCUUUCGCGAGCUUGCGGCGAGUCGCGGCCUGCUCGCCCACCUGCCGCGACACUUCUUGACGCCCGCCGACGCCACCUUCCCGUGCGUGCUCAAGGCGGCAGUCGGCGAGUUUGGGCGGCACGUGCACAUUCUGCGCACUCGUGAGGAGGCUGAGCUGCGGUGGGAUGUCGCGCUGCGUUGGCAGCAGAGGCGCGGGCGGCGUGGCGGCGGCGCGGAUGCUGAUGACGCGGCUGAGGCUGCCGACGAGGAGGAGGGUUGGCUGCUGCAGGAGCUGAUUGCAGGGCGCGUCGAGCACAGCGCGUCGCUGCUCGUGGCUGAUGGCGCCAUCGUCGGCGCUGUCGUCACCGAGUACACAUACGCCGCCGACGAGUAUGUGUGGCCACACGUGCGCGAGAUCAAGGAGCAGCGCGUCUCGCACAGUGUGCUGCCACCCACCCACCGCGCAGUAAUGGCGGCGCUCCUCGCGGGCUUCAGCGGCAUGUGCAACGUCAACUAUAAGGUGCGUGGCGACGCGCUUUGCAUCUUUGAGGUCAAUGUGCGCGUCGGUGGCGACCUCGCAGAGGAUGCGCCGCCGGAGCUCGCGCGCGGGCUCUUCGAGGCCCUCGACCGGCAAGGCGAGGCGCAGCAGCAGCAGCGGCGCGGCGAUGCGGCUGCGGCGGGGAGGCGCGCGCGCGAGGGUGAGCGCCUCUUCCAGCGCCUCCUCGAAGCCCCCCUCGGCCAGCCGGAAGCCGCGCAGCUCGCGAGGGCGGGCCGCGUGCGGGGCCGGCUCGCCGUCGGCCAGCUCAACACGGCGAUCGAAUCGGAGCCCUCUUGA